AUGCAAUCAGCAUUCCGUCCAGUCAGUGAUAUUAACAAUUAUCAAUUGUUUAUAGGAUAUCGUAAAGUAGUAAAUGGGUUCUCCACAAGUGAAGAUAAAAGUGAGAAUGUCCCAGUCUCUCCAAUUCGUCUCCAACAACGAGAAACUCACAAGAGAAAGUGGGAAAUGGAAUCAAAAAUUCAAGCUGUUAAAAUGGCUCAAAAAAUUGGAGUAUCAAAGACCAUUACUUAUUUACUCGAAACUCGAUAUGAAGAAUACUAUGGUCUUUCUUCUUCUACUUUGCAAUAUUGGAUCAAUCAAAGUAAAGGGAGGAAGAGAAGAUACUAUGAAUAA